AUGAAUGCUUCAGGGGUCAACGUGAAUGAAGCUCGUCGAGCUGUUCCUGCAAGACAUCCUCGCCCCUUAUCCUCUGCUGAAAGAAACCAGCAAGAACCUAGUUCGUCCUCUGCCAACAAUAGACCAAAUGGCGGAUCAAAUGUCAUUAACUUAGAUGAACUAGCUGGAGAUGUUGAUGAGGAAGUCAAUACUUCCCUCUCAGACAGAUAA